UUGCGGGCGCCCCUGGCGGUGGCCGCCCGGGCUGAGGAGGGGAGGGUGUCCGUGGCCCGUGGGGGACAAUGGCGGCCGCCUCGCUGUGGAAGGGGCUGGUGGGGAUCGGACUCUUCGCCUUGGCCCACGCGGCCUUCUCCGCUGCGCAGCAUCGUUCCUAUAUGAGAUUAACAGAAAAGGAAGAUGAAACAUUACCGAUAGAUAUAGUUCUUCAGACACUGUUGGCCUUUGCAGUUACGUGUUAUGGAAUAGUACAUAUUGCAGGAGAAUUUAAAGACAUGGAUGCCACUUCAGAACUAAAAAAUAAGACAUUUGACACAUUAAGGAACCAUCCAUCUUUUUACGUAUUUAAUCAUCGUGGUAGAGUAUUGUUCCAGUCUCCAGAUAUAGUGAAUUCUUCUUCAAACCAAGAUGCUUUGUCAUCCAGCGCAUCACUGAAGUUACGAAAACUUGAACCUCUGCGCCGUUAAGAUUUUUACAGAUUAUAAUAGAACAGGACACUGAGAUGUAAUAUUGGAGUUGGGGGUGUAAACACUUUUUUUAAUUUCUGGAGCAGUAUUUAUAUUGAUCUUCCAGACUUUAUAAAAUAUAUAUAUAUAACUAAGGACCUUCUUUGUACACUGUUAAUGAAAAUGACUGAAUUGACUUGGCAAUGGAGUGUAAAUUAUUGCUACAAUUAUGCUGUGAAACAUCUUUGAACUUUCAUAUAUUAAACAAUGUUGCGGUUGAUUUUUUCAUUUAAAACUAUUCCUAUCCUUAAGAAAAGGCAAAUAAGUUUUUAUUGCAAUGAAUAUUGUUUAAAAAGAGGGAAUGCUUUAGUGCUAUUUAUUUUCUUGGUUUGCUUGCAUUACCCUUUAUGGAACUCCUUCAGAAACCAUGGGUGCACUGCAGCAUGAAAAGAUAGAGGAGAGGAAGCUAUCCGUCUCCUGUUCCUAGAAUGUCUAAAAUGCCCCUUUUGGUGUAUGUUUGUGAAACUCAAAAGAAUGCUUUCAUUCUUACAAUGCUAGAAAAAAGUGGUUAUGUCUGACAGGUUUUUUAACUCUUCGUUAUCAAAUUAUUGGUUUCUAGUUAUCCUCCUGUUUAAAAGUAGAUUUUCUCCUUCUCCUCCCAAAAUUAUCUGGGACUCUACAUCUGGUAUAUGUAUGGAAGAGACGGCUUGCUUCUUUUUGGAUAAUCUAAUAUGUUCAGUUUGUUUAUUCACUGUAUGUGUAUUGCUCUUUGCUUAUGUAUACAGGAACAUUCAUGAAAUGGCUGAGUAGUGUUUCAGUAAGAUAAACGGCACCAGAAACUAGUUUCUUUCAUGCAUUCUGAGAAGCAGUUUUCAUAAGUAUUAAGACAAAUAUCCAUUUUAACGCAUUGUAUGUGUUUUCUAAUAAUAAGGUGCUAUAGGGAUUAGCACAGGAAAGGGGGCUAAGUGUGCAUGGUAUAACUAUCCCUGUCACUAGCCCCGAAGCAUCAAAUUAAGCUAACGAAACUGUUACCUCUGAGCCAUUAGCUGACUUAAGAGAACUGUUUUGAAGGCAUGCGUUCUUAAAACAUGACAUAGCCUUUAACCGGUACUGUUUUCUAAUUUUUUUUUUUAAAAGCUUGUUUUUACUGUUAAACUUUGUCCAGCUCUGGCAUUUCCAGUUGGUAACUGAAAGCUUCUCUUCUGCUUCCAUGACAUAGCUAAGACCCUUUGCAUUGCGUGAGAUGCUUUACGGGUCCACCUAGAGUUCUGUAUAUUCCCCCUUGAAGAUCUCUCACCUCAGCAUACAAGUCGCCCUUUUUACCCUACAAUGUUUUUAUUUUUAACAAUCUAUUUUAUUCAACCCAGCAAUCAGAGUUCAAAGGCACAAAGUGUAGGAAAACACCAUGGAAAACUGAGCACCUUCUGCUGGCCCAUCCUAUUGCCCGGGACCCCAGGGGUGAGAGCAGCAGUAUGGAUGGCUGCUCUGAGUAGUUAUGAUUUUCAAGUUGGGUUGGUUAAAUAUUCAGAAGAGUAUUCUGGUCAUUUAAACGUUGAUCUCCAAUCCACUGAGCUAUUUCCUAAAGUGUAUUGGCUCUCCUUCCCUGGGAGUCACAAAUAAACUUGAUUAACUGAUAGCUGCUACCACUAAAGGCCUCAUGUUGCCCCGUUUAACUUAAAACUUCCAUUGUCAAGUACAGCGCUGGUGUACGAGGAGAGGAUUGCUUUUUGCCUUGGCAGGGUAGGUGGAGGAAAUGGAUGCAGACUGAUGCCUAAGCCAGCGUGACUCUUGCUAGCUCCGGAGGAGCAAAAGUGGGAUGAGAGAUGGAAUGAGGUUCUCAUGCCAUUGGAUUAAUGCCAGAAGAGGUGAAGAACGACAGCAAGAGCCCUGUAACCAGCCUAGCAGACUGAUAUUUCAAUUGUGUUUGGCAGUGUACCAUUUGCAUAAUGUCUUGUAGAGCAGGGCUGCUCACCUAUUAAUAUCUAGGGAGGCCAUGUUCAUGCUACUGGAAGGCCCACUCAGUGCAAAAUGCACUACAGCGUGAAGGCUGGAGUCCUGCUCGGAGCAAAUGUUUGUUUCUCAAGCUCUCAAUGUUGCAUAGUUUGAGAGCUGCGAAGCACCUUGGCGGCUACAUCAGGCCUGUUAACCUCAUGACGAGUAGCCUUACUCUUUAGCAACAAUGGUUAUAUCGCAAAGCUGUACAAAUUAUUUUUUUCUUAUCUUGCAAUGUCCAAUAAAGAACGGAUAUCCUUA